GCUCCCCGCCGAGCUCUCGUCGCCCGCCGGAGCCUCUGCCAGGGGAUGAGGUGGGUGGCGCUAGAAACCACUUAGCUACAGCCAACCGCCCAAUGCAGCACUCGCUCGCUCCCCCCGCCAGCGGAAGCGCCCGCGGAGCACAAUGCAGCACUGAGGCAGCGCCGCGGUGGAGGCUGCAGCGCCACGGUCGCCGCAGCACCGGCCGGGGUUGGGAGGGGGUGGCCCAGGCGAGCCGGGGCCGCGGGGCGCGGGAUUCGGACGCAGCUGCCCGGGCAUGAGGAGCUGAGCGUCUCGGGCGAGGAGGGCUGACGGCUGCACCAUGCAGGCGGCGGCGGCUGUAUCCGUGCCCUUCUUGCUGCUCUGCGCCCUGGGGACCUGUCCCCCGGCGGGCUGCGGCCGGGCAGGAGACGCCUCGUUGACGGAGCUGGAGAGGAGGAAGGAAAACCGCUUCCUGGAGCGCCAGAGCAUCGUGCCACUCCGACUCAUCUACAGCUCGGGCGAAGACGAAACUGGGCACGACGCGCUCGAUACGCGGGUGAGGGGCGACCCCGACGGCGGGCAGUUGACUCACGUUGACCAGGCAAGCUUCCUGCUGGGUGCCUUUGGAACAUCGUUUAUUCUUGAUGUCCUGCUAAAUCAUGAUUUGCUGUCCUCUGAAUACGUGGAGAGACACAUUGAACAUGGAGGGAAGACUGUGGAAGUGAAAGGAGGAGAACACUGUUACUACCAGGGCCACAUCCGAGGAAACCCUGCCUCAUUUGUGGCAUUGUCAACAUGCCAUGGACUUCAUGGGAUGUUCUAUGAUGGGAACCACACCUAUCUCAUCGAGCCAGAAGGAAAUGACACCUCCCAAGAGGAUUUCCGUUUUCAUUCGGUUUACAAAUCCAGACUGUUUGAAUUUCCCUUGGAUGAUCUUCCAUCUGAAUUCCAACAAGUAAAUAUCACUCCACCAAAAUUUAUUUUGAAGCCAAGACCAAAACGGAGUAAACGACAGCUUCGUCGAUAUCCUCGUAGCGUAGAGGAGGAAACCAAAUAUAUUGAACUGAUGAUUGUGAAUGAUCAUCUCAUGUUUAAAAAACAUCGGCUUUCAGUGGUACUUACCAAUACCUAUGCGAAAUCUGUGGUGAACAUUGCGGAUUUAAUAUAUAAAGACCAACUUAAGACAAGGAUAGUAUUGGUUGCCAUGGAAACCUGGGCUGCUGACAACAAGUUUGCCAUAUCUGAAAAUCCAUUGAUCACCCUACGUGAAUUUAUGAAAUACAGGAGGGAUUUUAUCAAAGAGAAAAGUGAUGCAGUUCACCUUUUUUCGGGAAGUCAAUUUGAGAGUAGCCGGAGCGGGGCAGCUUAUAUUGGUGGGAUUUGCUCGUUGCUGAAAGGAGGAGGCGUGAAUGAAUUUGGGAAAACGGAUUUAAUGGCAGUUACACUUGCCCAGUCGUUAGCCCAUAAUAUUGGUAUUAUCUCAGACAAAAGAAAGUUAGCAAGUGGUGAGUGUAAAUGUGAGGACACGUGGUCUGGAUGCAUAAUGGGAGACACUGGCUAUUAUCUUCCUAAAAAGUUCACCCAGUGUAGUAUUGAAGAAUAUCAUGACUUCCUGAAUAGCGGAGGUGGUGCCUGCCUUUUCAACAAACCUUCUAAGCUUCUUGAUCCUCCUGAAUGUGGCAAUGGCUUCAUUGAAACUGGAGAGGAGUGUGACUGUGGGACCCCGGCAGAAUGUGUCCUUGAAGGAGCAGAGUGUUGUAAGAAAUGCACCUUAACUCAAGACUCCCAGUGCAGUGAUGGUCUUUGUUGUAAAAAGUGCAAGUUUCAGCCUAUGGGAACUGUAUGCCGUGAAGCAGUAAAUGAUUGUGAUAUUCGUGAAACAUGCUCAGGAAAUUCAAGCCAGUGUGCCCCCAAUAUUCAUAAGAUGGAUGGUUAUUCAUGUGAUGGUGUCCAGGGAAUUUGCUUUGGAGGAAGAUGUAAAACCAGGGAUAGACAAUGCAAAUACAUCUGGGGGCAAAAGGUGACAGCAUCAGACAAAUACUGCUAUGAGAAACUGAAUAUUGAAGGCACCGAGAAGGGUAACUGUGGGAGAGACAAAGACACAUGGAUACAGUGCAACAAACGGGAUGUGCUUUGUGGUUACCUUUUGUGUACGAACAUUGGUAAUAUCCCGAGGCUUGGAGAACUCGAUGGUGAAAUCACAUCUACUUUAGUUGUACAGCAGGCAAGAACAUUAAACUGCAGUGGUGGGCAUGUUAAGCUUGACGAAGAUAUAGACCUUGGCUAUGUGGAAGAUGGGACACCUUGUGGUCCCCAAAUGAUGUGCUUAGAACACAGGUGUCUUCCUGUGGCUUCCUUCAACUUUAGUACUUGUUUAAGCACUAAAGAAGGCACUGUUUGUUCAGGAAAUGGAGUUUGCAGUAAUGAGCUGAAGUGUGUGUGUAACAGACACUGGAUAGGUGAGGACUGCAGCACUUACUUCCCUUACAAUGAUGAUGCAAAGGCUGGCAUUACUCUGUCUGGCAAUGGUGUUGCUGGUACCAAUAUCAUAAUAGGCAUAAUUGCUGGCACCAUUUUAGUGCUGGCCCUCAUAUUAGGAAUAACUGCAUGGGGCUAUAAAAACUAUCGAGAACAAAGGUCAAAUGGACUCUCUCAUUCUUGGAGUGAAAGGAUUCCAGACACAAAACAUAUUUCGGACAUCUGUGAAAAUGGGCGACCUCGCAGUAACUCUUGGCAAGGUAACCUGGGAGGCAACAGAAAGAAAAUCAGAGGCAAAAGAUUUAGACCUCGGUCUAAUUCAACUGAGAGGGAGCCCCAAGCACCUGAGCCUGGGCACUCCCUCGCCCAGACAGUCCCAUCCCAAGGCAUAAACCCAGGGGGCUCUGACAGCCCCCAGACAGGGAGUCUGGAUCACAGGUAUUUAAACCCAUGGUUCAAAAGAGACUAUAAUGUAGCUAAGUGGGUAGAAGAUGUGAAUAAAAACACUGAAGGACCAUACUUUAGGACUUUAUCUCCUGCCAAGUCUCCUUCUUCGUCAACUGGGUCUAUUGCCUCCAGCAGAAAAUACCCUUAUCCAAUGCCUCCCCUUCCCGAUGAGGAGAAGAAAGUGAACCGACAAAGUGCCAGGCUAUGGGAGACAUCCAUUUAAGAUCAGCUGUUUACAUGUGAUACAUCGAAACUGUUUACUUCAACUUUUAUAGAAACUCAGCCUCACUGAAUCACUGCAAAUCUAUCUGCUCUUCAAACAACUCGAAAACAUCUCUGAAUGCCACAGAGGAGAGGAAGCCGAGACUCGCAUCUGGAUACCAUUUUCUUUUUGUCAUUGGCUUCAGAUUUAAUUGAACCAUGAAAAGAACUACUGAAAUGUUACACUAUAACAUGGAACAACUAAGGUACUGGUAUGUUAAUGGAUAAUCCGCAUGACAGCUAUAUGUAGAAAUAUCACUGAAAUUAACUCACAUGACCCAAAUGUAGCAAGUUUCCUAAGGGACAAUAGUGGAUUCAGAACUUGACAUUCUGAAGCACAUCCUCAUUGUAGACAGUAAUGCUAUGUGCAUGAAGCUUCUGUUUAUUGUUUUCCACAUUUAAGGAAACAGCAUCCCAUAAUAGAAACUAGCAUGCAGGGCUAAAGCAUAUAGGAUUUCUUCUGCAGGACUUUAAAGCUUGAGGCCAAUAUCCCAUAUGCUAACUGUAAACAUGUAUUUUUCUUUUUUUUUCUUUUUUUUUACUUUUCAUAUUUAUAUCAGCAUACAAGGACAAUUGUACAUAUGUAAACAUUUUUAAAAUUUAAAAAAAGCAGCUGUUACACACAAGUGUAUUUUGCCAGAUGCCUAAAAACAAUCAGUCACAAUCACGUCAUCAUCAUCCAUCAAAUGGUCUUUAAAGAUUAUGACCGGAUGAUGUUGUAAAUAUAGUGGUCAGGGCUGUAUAUGUGUCUCCCCAUAAUUGGUAUUUGUCCAAACCAUGUGCUAUCCCUUUAAAGUGUGCACAGUCUAGAGGCAGUUUUAUUGAGUAAUUAAUUGAACAAGAGAACAAAAUGUACAACAGAACUUAGGGCCUCCACAGCUUGCUUACUGCCUCAAGGCGCUCUGCUGCCAGCUGGCUGCUCCCUGGGAAUCCUCCAGCCUGUCCAUCUUCCUUCUGGGGGCUACAGCACCUGCCUCAGUGGCUAUUCUUUUUCGGUGCCAGAGCACAUCUGCUAGUCUCACCUUGGGGGUCCUGUGAGCCCCACAGCAGUGUGUCCUGCUGAGUUAAACAAAUGCACCAAAGACACAGGAGGCCACAGCUGCUGAUGCAUUGGUAGCUUCCAACUUGCCAAUACUCUAACGCUUUGUGGCCUAAACUUUUGUUCUUUAACAAAGCUUUUUAGCCACCCUUAUCUGUGACAUGAAUGACGUGUUUUAAUGAAAACAACUUUCACACUGUUUAUUGAGGGUAUAUAGCAUCGGUGGGACGUGAGUCCCAGCAGGUCAUUCUGCACUGUUGUGUAAGUAAGAUAUGGAAGGUUCUACCAGCUGGGCUGGGAAGCCUCAACAAGCCUCAACAGGUCGCAGAGGGUUCAAAGAAACCUAAAACCCUAAGGGUGCAGCAACUGUGAAGUUAUCCAAACAGCUGGCAAGGGGUAGAAUCUGACGUUCUGAACUCUCUAUUUUUUUAAUCCAUAGAAAAGCGAGAAAUCUAUGUUAAAUCCCCUUCUUUAAAACCAAAGUUUGAUAGCUGUCAUCAUGCAGCUCUGCCAUUCUUAAAGAAAACUUCUCUUGGGAGGCGACCCUAAGUGAGCUCAGAAAUUAAUGGGAUCAAUCAGAUGCUUUGAUGUAAAGAAUACUUCUGAAUUUUCUAAUUUUCUCUCCUUUUUCUUGAGAGGAAUGGAAUCUGCAGACAAGAUUUCAGAAAUAUCCUCUAAAUUUGAUCUCUGCCAGUAGUGUCCGAGGACAAAACCCAUUUCAUCUCCGUGUGUAAUCAUCUUGGAGGCCCAAACUAAAGGGCCCAUUAGAAGGCAGUGUUUUCUCCUCUAUGUGUCUAUGUCUUCCGUAACGGACCUCUCUUCUGAAAGUCUUUGAAAACAUUUGAGAAGCAGUUUAAUUAUUGAAAAUGAUAAAGUAUAAACAGCAGUUUUCAUGACAGGAAGGGAUGUGAUUGUCGAGACUACAAUAAAAUGAUCCAUCACUCUCAAGUUGGGUGAUGUUGCCAUAUAGCCCAAGCCAAGGACAGGAGGGCAGACAGAUUUAAAGAUGUAGCAAAUAAAGUGGCUUUUGACCAAGAUCACUUUAAUGUGCACUGAAUGUUUUCUGAUAUUGAGUGUAUAAAAGGCUAAUGUUAGAAGGUUUAUUUUGACUAUAAAAGAGUUAUAGAUUUGAAUGUAUGGUACCUCAUGUAAAUAUGCUUCCUAGUUAUGGUUACACAUCCCUCAUUUGAAAGAAUCCACAAAUGAUUAGCUAUGUAGUCAAUGGAUCCCUUCACCCUUCUCUCUUUCCUCACCUUCUGAAUUAUUUUUACGUGAAGAUUAUUAUUUCAAGUGAAAAAAUCAUUAUUUGUGCCUUUUGGGAGACAUGGUUGCUCUAGAGGUAUACAGUUUAUAGUCAUCCUCCUCGAUAAUAAACUUCAUAUAGAACUGAAUGAAAAGUGUUUUAUUUGCAGAGAGACUGAUUUUAUAGUACCUUUGAUGUUCUAUUCUAGAUAUCUAUCUAGGAAUGUGUAAACAUUCUUACAGCCAUUUGCCGCAUUCUUUGACAAGUUUAUAAUUUCAGUGGCUAGUUGUGAGAAGUACCUGUAUGUGAACUCAUGGUUGGUGUUCUAGAUGUAUUAAAUCUAAAUAUCUAUGACUUUUCAUCCACUGAGGCAGGGAGAAUGGACCCAUGGCACUAAACGUAAGCACAGCAUUAUUAUUAUUAUUCAUUUUUUUUGAGUAUCUAUUUUGGAGAGCAACUUUGAGGCCACAUAGCAGUUUGUAUCAUGAAACUAAUAUUUAUAGCCCCCAGUCAACUAUAGGACUGUUAUACUAAGCAGAGAAGAGCAGCUUUUUGGCCUUUGUGUUACAUUGUAUGCCUUUUUCCUCUCUUAAGUUUUGUGCAUAGAUUAGACUUCAGAUUGACAACUCUGCAGCCUGAGAUGUUCCAUUUAUCCAUAGUUGUUACAGUAUAGGAAACCCUGAUUUAAAGCAACACAUAUCUCUCCCCUAAGAGUGUCAACAAAGGAGGUGUGGGAAACAUGGAGCUAUAAAGGAGCUGACUGGUCAGAUUAACUGGUCUCUGUGUCCAGCCCCUCAUUCUUUAGACAGGAAGUGGCACCCUCCUCUGAGGUCUCCCAGCUAGAAAGUGGCCCCCAGGCCACAUGCAAUCGGUGGAAAGGAAUAAACUCAAACAGUGCAGCAUCAGGAGGCCUUUCAAUUUGUGGUUUCUGUAUUUUUUUAAAGAUACCCAGUGCUUUUCCUUAAAAUAAAACGUUGACUAAUAAAGUAAAUGCCAAAGCUAUUUUCCAGGUUGAUAUAUAGGUGCUUUAUUAAAUGAUACUACAGUUUCACUCCCCUGCCCACCUCCACCCACCUUGCUUUAAAAAGGCUUUUACAAUUGUGUUACUGCGUAAAGUCAAUCCAGCAUAGAUUUCUGAACAUAAGAUUGAGAGGGUUUCUAAAAGAAGUCGCUGAAAAGAUAAAAUCAGGUAUUCUGUGCACUUCCACAGAAGGACUAUUUAUGUUUGAAUUCCCAAACAGUCUUAACAUUUCUCUCUUUUUUCUGUUGAUCCCCUUGCAGAUUUGCGUAAUUUAAUCCCCUCUAUUGUCUCAGAUCUUUUUGUGUCUCCUUUACCUUUUACCUUCUUAGGUUUUCUUUAAUUUUUAUAGUUACCUAUGGGCUAGAGGAAAUAUGGUAUUUCUGUUCACUUUCGGUGGUUCAAAAUUGUUCAUUUAUUAAUCUCAUCCAUUCUUCAUUUCCUGCUGUCAUGU